AGCACAACCAGGGAUAAUCAUUAAACGAGCGAGUCUGAAACGCUGCAGCCCUGGUGAAGAUACUGUGCGCGUUGCAAGUAAAUUUUUGACUGCCUUAUUUUCUGAACUAUUUUGCCAACUGUGCGAACAAAAGCAUCAUUGCUGUGUCGCAGUUCGCAUUGCACAACCUCAAAACGUCUGAUCAGUGCGCUGUACCGUGCUGAAACGCGAUUGUAAACAUGUCCGAACGCUCCAAAGGUGACGUGUCGUCGUCGUCGCGCGUCAACAACAAUGCAAGUCGAAUUGUUAAAAAUCCACUGCUCAGCGCCUCGGUGACGGGUCUCAGCUAUGAUGAUUUUCCCAAUAAGCCGCUCCUGUUGCCAGCGGCACCGCCUGUGGUGCACCAUGCACCACCUGCACAGCCAGCUAACGCUCUCAUCGCUGGCAUUCUCAAACGCGAGCCCAAAACCCUGGUGACCGUUGGACAGCCGUCCGGUAUUGACGAGAGUGAAGCGCUUGACGAGAUUAACUUGAACGCCAGCAGCAGCGACGACUCGGCGACAACAACGAACGCAUCCAACAAUCCAUAUCAGAGCGGUGCGGAUGCCAAUGCGAAUCCGUUGCUAGAGCCGCCGCUCGCCGCAGACUCUCUGCUCAGCCAGGCGGCGUCUUCGUUUGGCGCCUUGCCCUCGGUGGCCUCCAACGUCUUCUCGACGUUCUCGAAGCGCAUAUACGCGGGCACUCGGGAAGCGGACGAGGCUCAGCCUCAAUUGGAUAUACAGCCGACUUAUAUACAGCAGGCGGGUCAAGUGCACGCGGCAGCUGCUGCACCAGCGCCCUUCUACGCCGCACCACCGGCACAUGCCGGCGAGGCUGCACCAGAGCCACCGAAAUUCUAUGCACCCACAGAGGUGCCAAGCUUAGCUGCUGGCGCUUUGCCACCGCCGCCCUCGUCGGCUGGACAGAACACUUAUCGCAUCAGCGCCAGGAAGAAGCUAUACGCGCCCAUACCCGGUCUCUCGGAGCAGCAUCAACAGCCAGUGCCAGCUGCUGAUCCCUUCCAAGCUCCACCAUAUCCCACACAGCCAGCGGCAGCAGGGGCAGCAGCUUACGAGCAGCCUGCACCACUGCCCGUUCAAGAGGAACGCAAGAGUGGCGGUCUCUUCUCGCUCACUAAUCUAGUGCCAUCUGGCGUAUUACAGAACAUUUCGGGUCUAGUGCAAUCGGCCACAGGCAGAAGCAACGAGCCUGCGGCACCACCACCACAGGCCGCCUACAAUCCAGCUGAAUCCGCUGGCUACUUUGAGAUCAACACAUCCUCUGCUGUCGCUCCGCAGCCGUUUGCAAACUAUUUCACGCCAGCAGCUCCGUCGGCUGCUGCAGAUUAUUUCGCGCCAUCCGCAGCACCACCCACUGUAGGUGGUUUCUUCAAUCCUUCCGCAGUUGCUGCAACUCCGGCUAAUUUCUUUACGCCUGCAACAGCGGCUAGUGGACCAGCAACACUUGUACAGUCAACUGCAGCAUUUGCACCGCAGGCAUUUACUCACCCAGGGGCAGUCUCACAGCAGCCCGCUGUCUCUCAGUCACAAACAGUCGCGCCGGUACCACCAUCAGCGGCAGCAGCAGCACCACCACCACCUGCAGCAGUUGGGGCACCGCCACAAGCGGGAGUAGCGGCAGCACCACCAGCAGCAGGAGUAGGAGCAGCAGCAGCACCACCAGCUGCGCCAACAACAUCGCUCUUCACACCACAGACAUCGACGGGACUCUAUCAGCCGCACGAAGCAAGUGCACCAGCUGCCUCGCUCUUUGCGCCGGCAUCAUCCGAUAAAGCUCAGGAGGUUCCUCUCUAUUCCAGCUCGACUGAAGCAAAGCAAGAACUUCCCACGGACACUAGCAACAAUUUUUUCACGCCGCAGACUCAGAGUUCAGAGCAGAGCAGUUCGUCAAAUCAACGUCAGGAGGUUACACUAUUUGCACCACCUUCAACGGCAGCUGUUUCGGAAGUUCCACUAUUCUCAACAUCACAGAGUUUGCCCACAUUCUCACAAGGAUCGACAGCAACUCUGUUCACGCCACAGUUGGAUGUCAAGCCAGAGCCGCAGCAGACAAAUCAGCAAAAGGAAUCAGAGCAGGAAACUUCUUUGGUUACUGCACCAGCACCACCAACCGUUGCAGCCGAUCAGCCAACCGCUAGCCAGGUCGACGAACCAACUCAAGAGACCCCCAAAACACCGCCAACUGCUUUAUUUCAAGAACUUUCUGCAGUGCCAGUCUUUUUUCCACCUAUACGAACAGCGACCACUGAAGCUGGUGAAGAAACUCCAUUAUAUGUGCCAGUACCAGCAGCAGCAGGCACUGCUGAAGCGGGUCAGAGCGUAGAGCUUUACCCACCAGCAGCGACGACAGCAGCAGAGCCCGAUUCAAAGAAUCAGGAAGCUAUACCAGAAACAAGCGCGCCACAGCCAAUCUUUAACGCCAACAGCCUCUUUGCAUCACCAAGUACAGGUGGGUCAACUCAGGAGGCUCUAGGAGUAGCAGCACCACAGCCAACAACCGCUGCUCCUCCAUUAAGCACCAGCGAUUUGUUUGCACCACCUGCGCAGGCACCGCAGGGCUCUGUCUCUCAUCUACCGAGCGUUGCGUUGACCACUCAGACAACAACCACAUUCUUUAAUCCGUUUGCGCAGUCAGUAACCACACCGCUGCCCCAAGAUCCGUUGACACCGCCCAUUGGCUUUGUGGAGCCCAGCACUCAAACAGACGGCAACUCCCUCUUCGCCGCACAGACGAUUGAGCCGGAAGCAGAGACAGCUAAACCUGCAACAGUAGCAGCAGCAGCACCACCGCCGCCACCACCACAAACAGCGGCCAGCCAGGACAACGCCUCACAGGCGAAUCCCUUCCGCAAAGCCGCCGAACCUGCACCGACAUCAACGGCCGCUUCUUCGGCUCUGCUUAGCUUCUUUACGCCGGCAGCGAACGGCAGCGAUUUCAAUUUCUUUGGAACUGCUCAGCAGGCGGGACAGUUUCCGGAGUUGCCUCCAUUGCAUAACGUAGCACCGCCCGCACUAGCGCAAGAGCCGCCUGCUGGUGACGCCGCCACGCCCCAUUCCACUCAGGCACUUGGAUUUGAGCAACUGAUCAGCGACUCUCAGCAAGCUGCACAACAAACGCAAAAUUCAAACGAAAAUAUCUAUCAAAAUUCAAGUGUGAACACAUUUUCCGGCUAUUUCGGUAGCCCCGUAGAGUCGUCAGGGCCAGCUGCACAACCUCAGCCACAACCCCAGCAACAGCAAGAGCAACAGCCGUUGACUGGCUGUAAUUCGGCCAAUUUCUUUGAUCAUUUUGCCGCCGGCGGACAGGGGCAAGAGGAUCAACGCAUACAGAACUUCUUUAACAAUCCACCGCUGCAGGAUCAGCCAGCCGCACCGGGUGAACUCAAAUACGAUAUUGUGCACAGCGGCUUGCCAAACAAACGCUUCGAGCAGCGCUCCCAAACGUCUGUCUCCAACAUUGUGGAGCCGCCCUCAUCUGCCUGCUCAGAGUUCUCCACAGCAGCACCGGGCUCAGCCGCCAAUCCAACAAACAAUCAGCAGCAGGCCGAUCGCCAGUCCGAUUAUCUACUGCAAUCACAUCUUGGCGAACUGCCCGAGGAGCUUCUGCAACAACUGAGAAUGGCCAACGAUAAGAAUUCGUCCUCGGUGCCAACUGGCGAAGCCUUGGUCUACACGCCCGUAUUGCCGCAUUGGUUCUACAAACGCAAUGUGGAUGGCAAAUUCGUGUGGACACCAUUUAGUCACUAUGACUCAGCGCUGCUGGAAACUAGCCUAAAUAGCGAGGAAACCGACUCAUCAGCCAUUGUGCCCGUCGAGGGCGGUCGCUACGAUGUCAACAUCAAAGAGCGCACCAAGACACCCGUCUAUUGGGAGGGCAAGGCCAUUGAGGUGCGUCGCUGCUCCUGGUUCUAUAAGGGCGUCGAUGGUAAAUAUGUGCCCUACGAGGAGCAAACAGCCGAAGCUCUGGAGAUGGAGUAUAGGCACGCGACCGAAACAAACGAGUGGCAUAAGAAAAUACCGCUGGCCAAUGGUGAGCAGGUGACCAUGCAUGGACCCAACGUCAUUGUCCACUUCAUGCCACCAUCGCCCGCCGAUUCGUGGGGAGGCAGCGUGCAAGGCACGUCACGGCCGCUGGUCGUGAAACGGGACUUGAAUGACUUUAAGAUACAACAGGGCGAAUCUCAGCGUGUGGAUCACUUGCUGUUCAUGGUACAUGGCAUUGGCUCGGCUUGCGAUCUGAAGAUGCGUAAUGUCGAGGAAGUCGUGGAUGAUUUCCGAUACAUUGCCCAGCAGCUGGUGCAGUCCCACUACAAGAACUCCACGGACAUGGGCCUAGUGGGACGCGUGGAAGUGCUGCCUAUUGAAUGGCACGGUCAUUUGCACUCUGAGGAGCUUGGCAUUGAUGAGAAGCUCAGGUCCAUUACGCUAGAGUCCAUACCACGAUUGCGUAACUUUACAAACGACACGUUGCUAGAUGUGCUCUUCUAUACCAGUCCCAAAUACUGUCAGAAGAUCAUGAACACGGUGGCCGAUGCCUUGAAUGAAACCUAUUUAAAGUAUCGAAUGCGACAUCCCGAAUUCAAUGGCGGAGUCUCGCUGGCUGGCCACAGUCUCGGCUCGCUAAUACUCUUUGAUCUGCUGUGUCAUCAGGAGCCGCUCAAGGAGAGCGAAGAGGAAAAUAAGGAGAAUCCUGAUCAACUACCACAGAAGAAGGGGACGGAAUCGAAAAACGUACAACUGCCCAACAACGAUGCAAUGAUGCCCAAGCAGGUCAGCUACGCCAUGGGCAUUGGGCCGGCUGGCACUGGGCAGCCGGUGAUCAACUACACGCAGCUAAUUUUCCAUCCCAAGAAGUUCUUUGCUCUGGGCUCACCCAUUGGCAUGUUUGUGACCAUCCGCGGCAUCGAUAAGCUCGGCCUCGACUUUCGGCUACCCACAUGUGCGGGCUUCUACAAUAUAUUCCAUCCUUUCGAUCCGGUUGCGUAUCGCAUCGAGGCGCUAGUCAAUCCGGAUAUGAAGGGAAUUCGCCCGGUCUUGAUUCCACAUCACAAAGGACGCAAGCGCAUGCACCUUGAGCUGAAGGAGACAAUGACACGCGUCGGAGCGGACAUAAAGCAACGAUUCAUGGAUACGUUCAAGACGACCUUAGAUAGCGUCAAUUUCUUGGCUACGGUGACCAGGGUCAAAAAGGAGGCCGAAGAGACGCUGGAAAAGGAAGUCAACUCAAGUAAUUCACAGAUAUUCAAUAAACAAACUGAGGACACGGAUGAAUUAUCAGCAGCGACCACUUCUACACAUGCGCGUAAUCGUACCGAUUCAGAGUCCACGACAACGUCAGAUCCUGAAUUCAUUGAGCUUGAUUUUCCGCUGGGUAAAUUGAAUGACUCGAAACGCGUGGACUACGUGCUGCAGGAGGCGCCUCUGGAGUUCAUCAACGAGUAUAUUUUUGCACUCAGUAGCCAUGUGUGCUAUUGGGGCUCUGAGGACACCAUAUUGUUUGUGAUGAAGGAAAUCUAUGCGGGUUUGGGCAUAAGUACCGAUAGCCAAGUACCACAGCAAACUAUGACCAUAGAGAGGCCCAGCUCACGAACUAGCAGUGUCGGUCCGUCGCUGUUGCCGAUGUGAGUUUGAGUUGACAUUUGGACACACUCUUGUAGACCCCUUCCGUUUUAUACAUCCUAUUAUUACAAAUAUUUAGAGACAAUUUAUUUAACUAUGUUAUUUGUUAGCAAAAUCAUACAAAGAAUUUUUAAAAUGUGCAACUCUAACUUGGUUAAUGGUUUUAAGACAUUAAGAAGAAGAAUGGCAUUGACACGAACAUUCAUUAAUGAAAAUGAUCCGCAAAAGAACGUUAAUCUAAGGAGCUUAACAAACAGUUAAUGUCUAUCUAUAUAUAUACAAACUAUUCAUUGCAUAUCUUCUUUGUGUGCUGUUGUUCUUUUUGUAAUAACGCGUUUAUAAUAUAACUUCGUAAUUUGUAUGCUAAAUAAAGUGUAUGUCUAUUAAAAUUAAUCAAUAAAUUGCGAUUCA